UGUACAAUGCCAAGGUACGAAAAGUGGUUGUAAUGGGACUGGCUCCGAUAGGCUGUGCACCUAACUACUUAGGGCUAUACAGUAGCAAGAAUGGGGAGUGCGUUGUAACUAUAAAUGGCAUGAUAUUGGAGUUCAGCUUUGCUGGGAGAGAUAUGGAUUCUGAGCUCAAUGAGGAGCUUGUUGAUGCCAAUAUCAUAUUUUCUGAUGCAUUUGAGGAUUCUAUGGACAUAAUUCAGAAUCAUGAUCGUUAUGCUUUGCGUCUUGGAUCACCGUUUGUGCCUAGUUAUCUAGGACAGGCUGGUUCAAUUGAAGAAAUGAUCCUUGGUGUCAAUUAUUCUUCUGCUGGUGCUGGAAUUAUUUUCUCGAGCGGCUCUGAAUUGGGUCAGCAUAUCUCACUUGCACAGCAAAUUGGUGAUGAUGCUACAAGUAAUCUGAUAUCUAGUUCUGUGUUCUACAUUUCAAUCGGGAGUAAUGUCUACAUUCAGUACUAUCUCCUGAAUGUAUCUAAUGAUCAAUCUGUUUACCUCCCGUGGAGCUUCAACCAGUUUUUAGCACAGACGAUAAAACAGGAGAUUAAGAACUUGUACAAUGCCAAGGUACGAAAAGUGGUUGUAAUGGGACUGGCUCCGAUAGGCUGGGCACCUGACUACUUAGGGAUAUACAGUAGCAAGAAUGGGGAGUGCCUCGUAACUAUAAAUGACAUGAUAUUGGAGUUCAACUUUGCUGUGAGAUAUAUGGUUUCGGAGCUCAAUGAGGUGCUUGUUGAUGCCAGUAUCAUCUUCUGUGAUGCAUUUGAAGGAUCUAUGGAUAUAAUUCAGAAUCAUGAUCGUUAUGGUUUCAAUGUUACAGAUGAGGCUUGCUGUGGUUUAGGCGAAUAUAAAGGCUGGAUCAUGUGCGUUUCCCCUGAAAUGGCCUGCAAUAAUGCCUCGAGCCACAUCUGGUGGGAUCAAUUUCAUCCGACUUCUGCUGUGAACAGAAUUCUUGCUGACAACGUCUGGUCCAGCCUACAUACACCUUCUGGUACCCAAUGAACAUGCAGGACAUGUUAGCUCAAAGCACCUGAUAAUUGGACCUAGAGACAUUUCAAUUUCUGAAUAUAUGGCAUCUGCAUAAAUCUGUAUAGAAUAUUUUUUGGUGCUGACUGAAUAUAGGACCACAGUAUAUAGAUGGUAUAUCAUUCUUUGUAUGAUUCAUUUUUUGGUAUUAAAUGUAGCUUGUGAUAUUUCUACUAAAUCUGUAUAGAAUAUGACCACAGUAUAGAUGGAAUAUCGUUCUUUGUAUGAUC